UGCAUGAGAGCAGCUGAGACAGCUGCCUCAGAGGGAAGACUAUAGGUAGGGAGGAGGUGGAUCAGUUUAUUUAGACUCAACUGUUACUUCCGUUUUUGUGGAUUACUUGGAGCUAACUCACCAGGAUUUAAAGGAUUCUGUGUUUUUGCUGAAAGCUAUGGUGGCUUACGAUGAGCUGGGUAGCUUGGUGCCUAUCAAACGGACUCUGCAAGUGACGGACUGCCAGAACCAAGCCAACAAAGAAUCAGAGGAACCCAGCACCAAGCGUGUCCGUCCACACGGCAGGGUGACGUCGCUAGCCAGCCUCAUCUCUCCGGUUAAAAAUGGGGCCGUCCGGCGCUUCGGCCAGACCCUCCAGGCCUCUUUCCGGGGUGAUGGCAAGUCGUCGGCCGUGCCCCACAAGCCUUGCAGCAAGGCGACGGCCCCCACACCACCCAAAAGAAGGAACAGCACCUUGUGGUCAGAGACGUUGGAUGUCCGCCAGAAAGGAACCUUUUCCACACAGGAGAUCAAGCGCCAGGAGGCCAUAUUUGAGCUGUCUCGUGGAGAACACGACCUGAUUGAGGACCUCCAGCUUGCACGCAAGGCGUACCAUGACCCAAUGCUGAAGCUCUCCAUCAUGUCUGAGGAGGAGCUCACACACAUUUUCGGUAACCUGGACGACUACAUCCCUCUGCAUGAAGACCUGCUGGCCCGACUCUCCAAAGCCACAGGGUCUGAUGGGACCGUGGGCCAAAUUGGGCAGAUUGUUAUCAGCUGGCUCCCCAGGCUCAACGCCUACAAAGAGUACUGCAGCAACCAGCUGGCAGCCAAGGCCUUGCUAGACCAGAAGAAGCAGGACCGUCGGGUGCAGGACUUCCUGCAGCGCUGCCUGGAGUCUCCAUUCAGCCGAAAGCUGGAUUUGUGGAGCUUUCUCGACAUCCCACGCUCUCGCCUGGUCAAGUACCCCCUGCUGCUGAAGGAGAUCCUCAGGCACACUCCACCAGACCACCCCGACGCCGGCCUCCUGGAGGAAGCUAUCACAAUCAUCCAAGGCGUUCUUUCCGACAUCAACAUGAAGAAGGGAGAGUCCGAGUGCCAGUACUACAUCGAGAAGCUGGAGUAUCUGGACGACAGGCAGAGAGACCCUCGCAUCGAACAGUGCAAGAGCCUGUUGUGUCAUGGGGAGCUGCGCAACAAGAGUGGCACGAAGCUGCAUGUGUUCCUGUUCACUGAGAUUCUGGUCCUGACCCGACCCGUCACCAGGAACGAGCGACAGUGCUUCCAAGUGUACCGGCAGCCCAUCCCAGUGCAGGACCUGGUGUUGGAGGACCUGCAGGACGGGGAUGUCAGGAUGGGCGGCUCUUUCAGAGGAGCCUUCAGUAACUCAGAGAAAGCUAAGAACAUUUUCCGCGUCCGCUCACAAGACCUGAGCCACUCCCAGUCUCACACGCUACAGGUCAACGACGUCUUCCACAAGCAGCAGUGGCUCAACUGCCUCCGCAGUGCCAUCUCGGUCCACAGGCCCACGGGCGAGCCCUCCACGCCGAGUCCACACAUGAGUAACAUUCACUCCAAGCGCCGCAUGUCCUCCGCCUCCGCCAUCAUCCACCUGGAGGAGCCGGAUGAGAACUGCCCACGGCAGACCUCUCAGUCCGCCCCCAGCUCGCCGUGCGGCAGCUCCACGUCCAGCUCCACAACUUCAUCACUUUCCUCUCACUCCUCCUCCUCACUGGCCUCGCCGCUGUCGGCACCACUCUUCUCUUCAUCAUCACUCAAAAGCAAAAAGGACAAGAGGUCACUGGGUUCCUUAGGGAAGAGAAAGGAGACGAUGGUGUGAAGUGAACGGGAGACACUGAUGUGUGUUGUAUAGAAACAGAACAAAGACCCCUGGGACUUUAUUUAUGUGUGUCUGCGUGUUUGUAUUCUUCCAGCAGUGUUCUGUGUUACUGUCCUCUUCGGCAGCUAUGUACUAGUGCAUCCCAAACAUGCCAAGUAUUGUGGAAAAAGUGCAUGACUUGCUUUAAAAGGGAAGCAUGGUAAAAACCAAAGCCAGAAUUCACACAUCGAUCUGUGUGAAUCUGUGAAGAACGAGGUUGUAAUCCAAUCCUGUUUACUAUUGAUUUGAUAUUUAAACAAUAUUUUAGACCUAUUUUGGGGCUAAUUGAUGUUUUACAUUUUCUAUUUUAAAGUGUAUGUUUGUUUUUGUAGGUAUUGUAAAGCUUGGUAAGGACGAUGAUGCACCACACAAAGCUAGAAAUGAAUCUGGGGACAGAUUUGAUGUUGAUACAUUCCUGAAACAACAGAACACUGUUGUUCUCACCUGCAGAGGCAUUAAUGUAAACCCAGAACAAAUCUUAGUUUCUCACUAAGAAUCAUAGCAAUAACAAUCCAAGGUCUAUUCAGAUCAUAUGAGAAGAAAUGAUAAGUUUUGUUUUCAAACAAAAUUUUGAACUGAGCCAUGUUGGUUUUUUUUAUAGCUGACUUUUUAAAUGAAACAAAUCACUUUUCAGUGGAUCAUCUUGCAUGGAGCUUUAGUUGUGGACGCUGCCUGCAGCAUCAUGCAUGGAGAACAGUGGGAUAUGGAAAAGAGAUGAGGUUGUUAAGAUGAAGUGGAAUUGUGACGAGAACAGAGAUAGGUCGGGCAAAGUUUUGUUUUAGACUGAAAGGAAUCAUUCACCGGCAAAGGUGAACUGUUGGAUUUUGGAAGCUUAAAGGAAGUUUGAACAAUGGACAAAGUACGUAGGGGACAGUAAAGGAUGGAAGGUUUUUGUAAGUGUGAAAAAGACGUUUUGGUUGUCGAGAUGUAAACCAAAGAGGAAGAGGCAAAAUGUUUGCCAUGAGUUUUUAUGUAAUUAAAAGAACAAUAAAGAUUGGAGUAAGAUUUGAAAGUGAA